AUAAUCUAAACAAGAAACCCUAGGGGACCAUGGUUGGAAGUGGAGAACGUUGUGCAUCCUCCAACCUGCGAGCUGGUGAUAGUUGGAGUUAUAGUAUAAACUCUAAUGAGAGUAUUGUAGGUAGAAGAAAAAAGAGAUGGGUCUUCCCAAAAUGCUGUUGCGGGUCUGAUGCUGUUCUAUUCAUGUCUGGGACCAAAAGUAAUACGAAUAGGUUAUUCUUACGGUGCCCUAAAUUCAAGACUGCAGAAGGAUGUCGCUCAUUUUUUGUAUGGCUAGAUGAUUAUGUCUCUUCCUUUAAUGAGCAUUUUUCGAAGACAACAUCAAAAAGGGUAUUGCAGAAGAACCAGCAGCGAUUUGAAGGCCUUAGUGAUGCGGUGGAUGACAAAGUGGAAGAGUUAGAAAUGAGGCUGAUUGGAUUAGAAAAUCAAUUGGGAAAGAGAAAAGAGUAG